AAUCAGUCAUGUCUCCGAUCAUGAAACAGAAUUUAGAUUAAUACAUGCAGAUGACACAUGGAGCAGACAGACUACAGACUGUGAAGAUGUGAAAGGACAACUCUCAGACGCCAAACUGAGUCGACCUUACAGCAUGAAAGCACGGACAAGCGUACAGCAUGUGUGUACCAUGGGGCGGCUAUGAGUCAACUACAGAACAUGGAGUUACCUGGAUGGUGGUCAGUCCCAUCAUCUUCACCUAUCGAGUCAUGCAAUGUGAAAGAUUACUGGAUGCAAGCAAUGAUACCUUACUUUUUGGCCACAUCUUUAAUCCUACAGAGCUUCAAGCUCUUAAAACCAACAUCAAUGGAAUAAAACGGUUCAUCGUUAUCGAUGAUACAGUUAACCAACUUUACGGCUCCCAGGUUGCAGCAUACUUUGAAGCAAGAAAUGUGAUUUACAAGAUCCUGCCUUUGCCAACAACUGAAGAAAACAAAUCUAUGCUACUUGUGACCAAAAUCUUGGAGGAGGUCCAUAAAUUCGGUAUUGAUCGUCGUACAGAGCCAAUCAUCGCUAUUGGGGGCGGGGUGUGUCUUGAUAUUGUGGGUCUGGCGGCUUCUCUAUAUCGGAGACGUACUCCAUAUAUUCGUGUUCCUACUACUCUUUUGGCGUAUGUUGAUGCCAGUGUGGGGGCCAAAAAUGGAGUCAACUUUGCCAACUGUAAAAACAAGCUGGGGUCAUACGUGCCCCCUGUGGCAACGUUCCUGGACAGGACUUUUCUGCGCACUCUACCACACCGCCAUAUUUCUAAUGGGAUGGCCGAGAUGUUGAAGAUGGCACUGAUGAAACACAAAGGACUGUUUGAGCUUUUGGAGAACGAUGGCAAACAUUUGUUGGACACCAGUUUCCAAGAAUCAGAAGAACGUACAGAAAACAUGAAUAAAGAUGCAGCGAGAGUAUCAACUAGACUGGCCAUAGAGACCAUGAUGGAGGAACUCGCCCCAAACCUGUGGGAGGAUGACCUCGACAGACUUGUGGACUUUGGGCACAUCAUCAGUCCAGAACUUGAAAUGAAAACACUUCCAGCGCUGCUUCAUGGAGAAGCUGUGAACAUAGAUAUGGCUUUCAUGAUUUAUUUAGCUCAUGAAACGGGCUUGCUGACGGCAGAGGAAAAAAGUCAUAUCUUAGUGUGUAUGAGGGGUCUAGAGCUCCCUCUGUGGCAUGUGGAUUGCACCAUGGACCUCAUUCAGAAAUCACUUGCUGAACGACUCAAACACUCUGCUGGACGUCUGAGGAUGCCUCUACCUACAGGACUUGGCCAAGCAAGAAUCUUCAAUGACAUAGAAGACAGCAUCUUAUGCCGUGCAUUCAAGAAAUGGUGUGAUGAACAAAGAGUGGACCAAUAAACAUCAAGUAACAGUAUUACAGCACCUGAAAUGUUGAAUCUUAACAUAUUGUUAUAAAAAUAAGAAAUAUUUAAGGGAAUACACGAAUAACUGUGAAUAAAAACAAAGGAAACUG